AUGUUUUUUAUCCUCACCCCCCCCCAAACUACCUGUACUCUAUCUAUUCAUGCUCUUUUUUCUUUUCUUUCUUUCCUUUAUCCCUGUCUCUCACUCUUUUCUCCCUGUCUCUCUCUCGCGCUCUCCUCCCUGUCUCUCUCUUGCGCUCUCCUCCCUGUCGCUCUCUCUCGCUCUCCUCCCUGUCGCUCUCUCUCGCUCUCCUCCCUGUCGCUCUCUCUCUCUCUCGUAUCUUCAUGGACUCGUUAUUGGGUAGCUCUGUGGGGUACUUCACUGCUGUAUUAUCCAGCAAAAUCAUUGCGUGGGUCUGAAAGGACAUCGUUUAAAUCAUGUCCAAGUAAAAUGGUAUCAAUUGUUGGUUGGAUGGUUGUUAUGGGAGGUAACCCCUUCCAGCCUGAUGCAUUCCAGCUAUCAAAUCCCAGCAAAGGCAAUGUGUACAAGUUACGUGGAGGGUCACAGGCCGAGGCUUUGAUGUGGUGUAGGCACCUUGCAGAAGCUAUAAAACGUUCUCAGCCUAGAACUCCAGUAAAUCUGAUGUCAUUCGAUUGA